UCAGCAUCCCGAAACACGAUUGACAUGGUUCUAUGUCGCACGAUCACCGGAAGACUGUAAAUGCACAUCUCGUUCUCCCGUUGUCCUCCUUUCUCUAUGUUUCAUGCUCACGGACGCUUGGGUAUCGACCAAGUUGAUCAAAGAAAGGAUGGCAAAAGAAACUCUAGUCUCCUAUUACAAGCCUGUUUCGACCGAAGGAUCUUUACCCCUCCGUUUGCUCAGGUCUUGAACCAUUUCUCACCAAGUUUUGCCGCCAACGAGAUCUUGAUGCAGUCAUCAGCACUAUUCAGCGCCGCUGAUAGUCAGACAACAACGUAGAGUACUACUAUCUCUUCCC